GUGUAAUGAUAAAUGAACUUUAAUUUGUUUUGAAAAAAAACAAGGUGAUAUUUACUUUUCUCACUCUAUACUCAAAAACCCAAAACCCUAAAAACAGAGAAACAGAAAUUGGAAACAAAUUGUGUUUCUCAGUGAAGCUAUGGAUUUGCAAGCGAACGAUUUCGAUCGCAUUAUGUUCUUCGAGCAUGCACGUAAAACCUCUGAAGCUGAAUACAUCAAGAACCCUCUCGAUGCUGAUAAUUUGACAAGAUGGGGUGGAGCGUUGUUAGAGUUGUCUCAGUUUCAAAAUUUUCCUGAGUCAAAGAAGAUGACCCAAGAGGCUAUUUCAAAGCUGGAGGAGGCUCUUUCUGUGGAUCCCAACAAGCAUGAUGCUCUUUGGUGCCUCGGAAAUGCUCUCACUUCACAGGCAUUUUUAAUCCCAGACCAGGAGGAGGCUAAAGUUCAUUUUGACAAGGCAGCUGUGUACUUUCAACAAGCUGUUGAUGAGGAUCCUUCAAAUGAACUUUACCGCAAAUCAUUGGAAGUGGCUGCUAAGGCUCCUGAGCUACAUGUAGAAAUUCAUAAGCAUGGAUUAGGUCAGCAGCAGCAGUCAUUAGGGAAUGCUGGGCCUUCUUCUUCUUCCUCUGGUACAAAGACUCAAAAGAAAAAGAAGAACAAUGAUCUGAAGUAUGACAUACUUGGAUGGGUAAUCCUGGCUGUUGGCAUUGUUACAUGGGUGGGGUUUGCUAAAUCGAACCUGCCUCCACCUCCACCUCCGCCUCUACGAUAGGUGAAGCCAUUUCAUUUGAUUUGUUACAUUGUUGGUUAUUGAGAAUCGCAUCUGAUUCGGGCCGCCACUUAUUAUUUUGUUUUUGAGCAUUGUAAUGUCUUUCACUGUGUAACCAUUUACCUAUCCAUCAUAAGCAGUUUUAUCUUAUUAUAAUAAUAUAUUAUAAUUGAGUUUAGUAGUUA